AUGGAUUAUCCUUACAACAUGUUGCAAGAUUUGUUUGACUGUUCUUCAAAGGCAAUAGCGGUGGCAAAGGUCCAUUGUAUUUUGUUUGGCCGUGGUGGAACCCCUCCAGCAAAAUCUAAAUCUACAACGCAAUCUGUCAGUCCUGAUGUGUUGAAGGAACUGUCUGAAUUUUCCAACAGAGAGAGAAUAUCAAGGCCUUCUUCCUGCAGAAGUGUAAUAACAGAUGUCCAGGAAACACCUGUCAGGUAUUGGAAGGACAAUGUUAAAGAGAUUGUCGACCAAUAUCUGCUAGAAUUCCCCAAUGGUAUGAAGCCCACUUUUAUUUACACCUACCUUCCGCCCAAUAUCCGCUACAACACAUGCUUGCAGGGUUUUGCAAUCUGUGUGAUGUGUCCGGACAUUCACAUUUUGACAAUUUUAUGACUUUCCUUGGCAGUGUAGAAAGAGGAACAAUGGUGUCUGUUAAGGAUUUGAGGGGUAAAUUGUUGCAGCACUAACGUUUCAUGAAGACGCAGUUUGCCCACCAGGUGUGGAGGCAUUCUCCAUGCUUAAAGCUCUGGAUGCUUGGUUUAGCCAAAGUGCCAUGGACGUGUGCUUCCGCUGGAUGGAGGCGUUCCCUGGCUUUCGAGUAUAUUUGUUUUCUGGUGAGUAGUCAUCUUAGUAAUACUAUUUACAUUUAGAAAGGAAAUACAAUAUUGUAGUAUAGGAGUAAUUUGUGUCAGUUUGGAAAAGGGAAUGGAAAAUACACUACAGUAACCAAACUGUAAAACAUUAUUCUUUCUGUCUUAAUCAGCUAUUAUUUCUACCUGAGUUAUUACAAAAUUCACAAUGGGAUACAUGUACAUUGUAUCUACGUCUAAAGGAACUGUCACUCCCCUACAACCGAGUGAACCUUCAAAAUCUGCUUUUAAGUAUCCAUUGCAUUCUUCUAGAGCUGUUUGGGGCAGCACUUGAAAUAUUAGAUUAACUCAUCAUGGAUUUUAGUGUUUUUUUGGUUUUGAUCGAUAUUGGGGGAGAAAUGUAAUGCUGUUCUCCUUAUAAUGUGGCUCAUUAAAAAAUAAUGGUUAACCAUUAUCUGGUGGCUAAGCAUGUAAAAGUUACCUAGAAGCAGUUCAAUAGUGAACUACCUAUAAUGUAAAUCUAUUUUCAUUACAACAUAAUAAUUUUCCAUAUAUGUCACACCAAACAUCAUCUCUCAGUGAGCAUACUUUUGAACAUUUUUUUGGACUAAGCGUUACUUGGACAAAAGGGAUUGUGGACUCAAACACAAGUUAUAAAACUAAAAAUUUGAACAUUAUUUUUAUAAAGACUGAGUACCUACAUUGUGUUGCAAUAUUGUGAAAAUCUUUUUGUCAUUUAGCCAAUGGCCCACAGUACCACAAUACAGGGUUAUAUCAUCCUGUAUUUAGCAGAAGUAAGACAAGCAUUCCAGCUGACCUUGGUGGAGUACAACAAUUUUGA